AUGGGAAGUGCCAAGCGAACCCUCAACACAACAACAAUACGCGCGACCGGCGAUUUUGAGCAUCAAGACCCGAAGAGUGAGGACGAGGUGGUCAACAUCACGUAUAUACUACGCGACGGCACAGAAAAGCAUAUCCGAGGCAAGAUUGGCGACAAUGUCAUGUAUCUCGCGCAUAGGUAUAAUAUCGAGUUGGAGGGCGCGUGUGAGGCAUCAUUGGCCUGCUCAACGUGCCACGUCUACGUCAACCAGCCGUUUUUCGAUCGUCUCGAUCAGCCGAAGGAGGAGGAAGAGGAUAUGCUGGACAUGGCGCCAGCCCUACAACCGGAUUCUCGUCUCGGCUGCCAGAUUGUGUUGAGAAGAGAUCUUGAUGGGAUUCGCGUCACACUACCCAAGAUUACACGCAAUUUCUACGUGGAUGGCCAUGUACCGCAACCACAU